GAUAUUGGUACAACAGAUUAUGAAGUAUCAACAAUUACACGGCAUCGAUCUUUAUCUGGAAUUGCUCAUUAUGAAAGGCCAAAAGAUGGUGUUCAACAAUUUGCCUUAAAUAAUUUAAUAGCUUCGAUAGAUUCUUCUGAACCUGUAACUGCUAUAUUGGUAUCAACAUCACGAUUAACAAACCAAUUAGCAUUAUCAGCUCCAGAACCAACAUUACAGUUAACAGACCCUCCAACACUAUUGAGCCCGGAAGUCUCAACACUAACAACAAACCAUCCAGCAUUAUCAAGCCCGGAAGCUCCAACACUAACACCAUUAGCAAACCCAAGUUUGAGACGUCCAUUGCAGCCAAUAUCUAAUAACUAUGCUGAAAUACAAAAAUUGCAUGAAAUAAUCGAAAUUCAGGAAUCUCAAAAAGAAUUUUUUUAG